UGUGAUCUGUGAUCUGUGGUGUUCUGUUAUCGUGUGGCAUUUUUCUUGAUUUCCGCAGCCAUUAAGCUUAGAGAUUUCCAGUUAUUUGAGUUUUCAUCAGAAUUUCGCUUCUCCCGUUUCAUUGAAUAGUUUACACUCCAAGCUUACAGCUUAAUCCUUGUGGAAAAAUGGGUGAUAGCGACGAUGAGUACGAUAGAAAGCGGAGGGAUAAGUUUCGCGGUGAGCGAGCCGAAGCCAGCUAUAGGGGGUCUGAGAGGGUCGCUAGACCAAGGGAUGAAUGGUCAGAGAGAGAGUCAUGGACCAGGCCACGUCCUCGGGAGUACAGAAGUGGAAUAAGGGAUAGAGGAUAUUCCCCAAGUAUGGAACCUGCUCCCAAGAGGAUGAGACAUGAUUAUUAUGGAGGUGGUGACAACUAUUAUAACCACUACAAUCCUUUUCAUCAGCCUGCACAUAGAGGUUAUUUCUUCAGAGACCCCAGUAGUUCCUCUGGGCAAAUGGAGGGGCAGCAACCGCCCAUGAUGUCUUUCAAGGCCUUCUUGGCCACACAGGAUGAUAACAUCUCAGAUAGCGAGGCUAUCGAAAAGUAUAACGAUUACAAACUUGAGUUUCAGAGGCAACAGCUGAAUGAAUUCUUUGUCGCUCACAAGGAUGAUGAAUGGUUCCGCUUGAAAUACCAUCCAGAGGAAUCUGUUAAAAGAAAAGAAGAGCAAAUGUCUCAUUUGAAGAGAAGAGUGGAAGUUUUCAUGGACCUAUUGAAAAAUGGAAAGAUAGAUGCUGUAACAGUGGAUUGUUCCAAGACUAAUGAGCUGCUCAAAUUACUUGACACUGUAGUCAUUAAACUUGAGGGCGGUACUGAUGAAGAUCUUGCCCAAUUAGAACAGGAAUAUGAAGAAAUGGAACAGAAAUACAGAGAGCAAAAGGCCAAAGAAGCUGAAGCUGAGAGGGCAAGAGAAGCUGCAGCUAAAGAAGCAGAGGCCAAGAAAAAUGAAGCUGAAAAAGCAGCUGCAGAAAACAAUGUAGAGAUGAAAGUCACUGAUGCCAACAAAAAUGGACCUAAGGAGAAUGACGAUGAUAAGAAGGAAGAAAAAGAAGAUGGAGAAGAGGACGAUGAAGAAGAAGAGAAGAAAGAUGCCGAGAAACCUGUAGUGGACAAGGAAAAAGAAAAUGAAAACGUUGAAAAAGAAAAUGAUGAUGAGAAGCCCAAAGAACAAGAAGAUGCUACGGAAGUUGAGGAUGAAGGGAAAGAUGAAAAGCAGGAAAAAGACCAAGAAAAUGAGAAGGACGUGAAAGAAAAGGAUGAGAAAAUGGACGUGGAUGAAGGAGCUACUGAAAAGAAAUCAUCCAGUAAAAAGGGGAAGAAACGCAAGGCAUCUUAUUCCGGAAGCAGUAGUGGUUCAUCCAGCAGCAGUGACAGUGAGGAAGAGAACGAAAACGAGAAAAAAGAUAAAGAAGAGGAGAAAGGUGAAAAAGACGAGAAGGAAGUUGAAGAUGACAAGAAGAAAGAUGACGAUGCAAUUUCUGUUGAAGAAGUUACCAAGCCAAAAUCGAAAUCAUUGCAUAAGACCACUUCCAUCUUUCUUAGAAACCUUGCCCCUACUAUAACCAAGGCCGAAGUAGAAGCUAUCUGCUCAAGGUAUGAAGGCUUCCUUCGAGUUGCUCUGGCAGAACCUCAACCAGAACGCCGUUGGCUGAGACGUGGUUGGGUCACAUUUAAGCGUGAUUCCAACAUCAAAGAAAUCUGCUGGAACCUCAACAGUGUACGUCUCAGAGAUUGUGAACUUGGAGCUAUUGUCAACAGGGACCUCAGUAGGCGAAUCAGACCUGUCAAUGGUGUUACUGCACAUAGACAAGUUGUCAGGUCUGAUGUGAGAAUUUCUGCUAGAGUGGCAUUGAAUUUGGAUGAGAAAGCUGGACUAUGGCCAAGAGAAAAGUCAGCUGAUGGAGAACCCGAAAAAGAAAAGGACAUAUCUUCGCAGUCAUUUGGGCUGGUUUCGAACAACCCCAUUCUUCUCAAUAUCACUGAUUAUCUGAUAGAAGAGGCCAGCGCUGAAGAGGAGGAACUCCUGGGUCUUCAGGUCAGCUCAGAGAACCAAGAUGCUGUUACUACUAUAGAAAGAGAUGAAGAUCUAACAAAAGUAUUGGAUAGGAUCAUCUUAUAUCUCAGGAUAGUCCAUUCUUUGGAUUAUUACAAUCAUUGUGAAUAUCCUAAUGAAGAUGAAAUGCCUAAUCGGUGUGGUAUUUUACAUGCUAGAGGACCUCCACCUACCUCAAAGACUGAUAUGACUCAGUUCAUAGGGGCUCCAAUAGAGAACAAGAUGUCCGCAUUUCUACCUGAAAAAGCUAAGGAGGAGGGCAAAGACAAGAACGAAGCCAAAUUAGUAACUUUAGCGUUAAAAGACGUCGACACCGAAAUUGAUAAGUUUGUACAAGCAAAUACUAGGGAGCUUGCCAAAGACAAAUGGUUGUGUCCGUUAUCAGGGAAGAAAUUCAAAGGGCCUGAUUUUGUAAGAAAACAUAUUUUCAACAAGCACGCAGAGAAGCUCGAAGAAGUGAAGAAAGAAGUUGAAUUCUUCAACAAUUAUCUCAAAGAUCCUAAGAGACCAAUGUUGGCCGAAUCUCCACAGUCAAAAAGGGAAGAACCUGGUGGCUACAAUAACAUGUAUGGUGGAGGUGGAUAUGGCGGUCCAGGUUAUGGCAGACCCAUGCCUUACUACAAUCAGGGCUUCGCGCCUAGGGCAAGGGGAUAUGCGCCAAGAUCAAGAGGACCCACAGAUUACAGGCCAGUGAUCCAUUAUAGGGACUUAGAUGCUCCUCGAGAACCAGAAGAAUUUAUUUAGCAGUUGGAAUACUACUACAACCUAUUUGGUGGAAGAUUUUAAUUCAUAUUAUCUAGUAAGGUAUGAUAUUUUUAAAGAAAUGUUGUAAAAGUAUAACUGCACUAUACUUUUAUUGUGAGAAAAUGAUUGUCUUUUUUUGUCUUAUGUUGUUUGUGAAUUCAUUUUAAUUAAAUGAUAUACUUGACAUUUACAUGUUUGUCUAAUGAUAUCUACAAUUUGAGAGAAAAGAAUUGUAAUAACCUGUUUUACAACGGAAUUAUAUCUUUGAGGGCAUAUAGAAAUGGUCCUCGCCAAGAGAUACACCAGAUACUGGCUAAAUUUUUGGGAAAUCUACUUUUUCGCGUAUAUUCAAAUGGUUAUACUUUUGGUGUAAAUGGCCCAAAAAAGUUGUUAGUAGAAAGGGGAUAUGCGCCAAGAUCAAGGUAGGAUGGCAUAAAGGAUAUUUGUACCUAUUUUCAUUUAUUUAAUUAUCGAAUAAUGUUUGCUAACUCUUCUGUAGAAUUGAUUAUUGAUUUGAAGAUCAUGAAAGUUAUUUUGGGCAUUGAUUUCUCAGAAGAUUAUUUAUCGCGUUUCAGAUAGUUAAUUGUAGAAACAUUUAUUUUAAUUAUAUAUAUUUUUUUCAGAGGACCUACAGAUUACAGGCCAGUGUUAGAGAUGAAAAUAUCUUCCAAAUAAGACCUUACACGGCUAAUUCCCGGAAACGGUUAAUUUGGCACUACAAAAAAACGUCAUAAAUCGUGGAUUUCUACAUUAAUUUUGGAUCAAUCUAAUGGCCUCAUGUUGGGGUUAUUUUCUUGCUAUAGACUUCAUUUAAUAUCUUAUUGAAACAGAUACUAGACUUUUUUAUAUUAACCAUCUAAAACAGCAUCGUCAUUUUUGCCUUAUGAACAAUUAUAAUAAGUCCGUUUCUUAACAGUCGUAAUUAGGAUGCCCGCCAUUGAAAAGCUGAUGAAAAAUACACACUCACGAAAAAUGGUACUCUUUUCGGCCGUUGGGAGCCUAAAAUGCACUAUUUUUUUCUGAAAGAAGCCACUGUCGUGAUGGUCAUCACAUUAAGUGUCGCAAUUAAGCCCAUGUAUGAAAAAAGAUUUGAAGUUUAUUACUGUAAUUAAAACUAUAAUAGUUUCAUAUCACGACUGCAUACUCCUUGAAAAGGUGAAGCAUUUCCCAGGAAUUCAAAUGACAUCUUUGUUUUCGGAAGUCGUGUUGGAUUUUUCUAUGCAAAAUUUAUUUUUCUGAAUUUUCUAUUCAAGAUACAUAUAUGUUGUAACAAGUAUUUCAUGUAAUUUGAAAAUAUCACCCGCAACUACAGCACUAUCGUAGUAAAUCGAAUGUAUUUACACAAAAUGUAGGGAAUGAUAUUUGUAUGCCAUAUAUUGAGUUAUAAGCUGACUUGGGCUAAGAUACACGAUAGCCGAAUUUGACAAGGCGUCUGACUUCCUGACUAAUAGUUGGUGCACGUGAAUGGGCACAGGUUUAAAACACCUUUGCUGAAGGUUCUAGUUUUUUAUGCUUUUCCUGUCCCCAACAGUCCACAACAGUUCCUUUUUUAGUCGUAGUGUAAUUUUUCAUCCUUUACAGUUGUAGGCAUCCCAAUUACAACUGUCAAAAAACAAUGGACUUAUCCUAAUUGUGUAUAAGGCAAAAAUCGAUGUGCCAUUGGCGACGCUUUUUUGCAUGGGUUUGUAUACAAUAUCUGGUAUCUCUUUCAACGCGAUAUUAAACUAAACAUCUAGCAAGAGAAUGAGCCUAUUUGAUUAAUCCAAAGUCGCUGGACAGUUCGUCAAAGAAAGUCAUUUUGUAAAAAAAUUAGUAACAAUUAGAAAAUUGCAGAAACGGUGAAUGGAAUUUUUUAUGAAUAUUGGGCACCACAAAGACUUCAACAGUUGGCUAUUAUUUCAGAUUUACCAUUAUGCAUUUUCCAGUAAAAAAAAUAAACAUAGAACGCUUAUUGUUAUAACAAAUUAACAGUUAUAAUAAAUGUAACAUGAAGGUAUUUUCGCCCCUACAUUUUUUUACCACUCACACCAAUAAUUAAUCAUAACUAUUUGAAUAUACGCGAAAAAGUAAAAUUUUCCAACUUUGACAUUUAAUAAAAAAAGUUAGUCAGUAAUUUUUGUGUAUCUAUCAUAUACCCUCAAAAAUGUAAUGCUGUUAUAAAACCGCUUAUUACAAUCUUUUUUGAAACGGUCGAUUUUUGGCUAGUCAGCUUGGUUUAUAUUGGUCCCGCCUAAAGUUACGCCCAAGAUUUGAGAUAACCUUGUAUGAAUCCACCAUUGAUGUUUAAAAUAAAGUAAAUGAAAAUACUGUGUCUUGUACAAUUGGCAUUUAUAUUACCUCUAGAUAUAUAAUAUGUAUAUUUUACAAAACAGUACAAACAAUAAUUUAUAUAACAUGGUAACAAUGAUUUCCUAGACUCUAAAAAUGUUUAUAAACUAUUCAAAAGCGUGAGAAGAAGCAGUAGCUCUUUCAGUGCUGGGGUUAGUUUUGCGAAGCUUUAUUGUGAUUAAGUUGUUAGACCUGAAAAAAACC